UUUUCUUUCAUCUCUUUUUGCUACAGCAACUGAUGAGGGAAAGGCAGCAGAUGGCCAGUCGCCCUUUUGCCUCGGUCGCGGUGACACUGGAUGUGGGCGGCACUCAGAUAGAACUGCUUCAGGGCGGAAUCGAGGGACCGCCCAAACCAGUUGCUGUAGAACCCUGUUCAGGGGGUAAAGCAGCGGUACUCACAGUGCUUAUGUGCCUCCCAAGAGGGGCAGCUGGUGUUCCUCCACCCGGCCAGACAGGUAUAGCCAUCGCCAGCGCUCUUAUCGACACGUCCCAGCAGAAGCCCAUGGACUUCAAAGAGAAAAGCCAAGGCAUGAAGAACCGCAAAGCUCUGCCCCACGCUCACCAGGGCACCUGUGUUUGAAUCUGUGGCCUCGGUGGGCUGUCCUUUACCAGAGCGACCUCCUCUCUUGUGCUCCUUCAGGCAGAUGGCAGCCUAGAGUGGCCCCAUGUGAGGGGAUUAUUUAGGCGACAGAGUGCUGUCUGUUUCCACUCCACAUUCACUUUAUCUCUCCACGUCAAUUGAACGUCGUAAAUAGAUCUCAUCCAUUUCCAAUGACCUUGCCAUCACCACCUGCUCAAACUCCAUCCAAACCAAUCGACAGGCUUCUUCUUGAUUCAUCCGACUCUUGGCGCAGUUGAGCCUUCAUUUCUGUCUUUUCAAGGCCUUCUGAACAUUGAGGGUCUCUCCCAUCAGCUUUACACCAAGCUCAGAUGUGCCUCUAGCAUGGUUUGUACAUUUUGGACCAGAGUGUCUUGCUAAGCCAGAAGUAGCAUUCUGGUAGUCUCGGGACGGUCGCCGGUUUUGUGUACGGGUUGCUCACAUAUUUGUAUGCUCGCCAACUAGUGUUAUGUUUUUGCUCCGUUUUUAGCUCUUUCGACAUAUUAUUUAAGAGAUGGACUAUAGAAAUGUUUGCCAUGGCAUGGACGCUGCCUGUCAUGUAAGCUAAUGACGUUCUGCUGCUGGUGGCUUCAUGCUUGGUAAAACCCGUGUUAGGAAUGGAUCACAUUCGUUUUUAGCAAGAAAGGUUUCACACAUUUCAUUCUUAUGCUCUUCUUGUGAAGACUUUGCAUGAACCACUCACAUUAUGCUUGAAAUCUUUAAACAGUUUGUGGGUUACGUGUCACACUACGAACGUCUUCACGUCUUGAAAUAUCGCACACCAUUAGCUGCACCGUAAUAUAGUGGAGCCAGCUGGUUCGGGUGAAAUAGAGUAUCAGUUGUAAACCACAGAGAUAAUUCGGACGCUAGUUGAGGGAUGAAAUCGCACCUCGCUGACAUGGCAAAAGAAUUAACGCCAAAAGCCGCAUCGCAACGGGUGUAUAGUAUUGUUAAGGACAUGCUAGGAAACUCUAGGAAAGCUGUUGAUCUUUAUUUUUAAUGUUGUUUUGCAGCGGUACAGAUUUAAAUGAGCAAUGACUCAUAACUUUGCAGUAACGAUUUAUCUCUUUAUAAUGUACUUUUGUAUCCUUAAGUUUCACAUAUUGUGAAUUUCAACAAGGAAGAUGAUUUUGAAGAGACCAGCAGGUAAGAGUGUAUUUAGACUGUUCAUACACUCAUGGAUUGAGUCCUCUUAGAGAAGGUUUACCAGGAUUCACCAAACCACUGGAUCUUCUGAAGUUUUCAACCUUGCUCCAACACAUGGCCAGGACCGAGCCUGAGCCCUCCGUGGGUAAAACAGGAUGUCCGGGGGACUUAUGUUCUUCUCUGUGGCAACAGCAAAAAGUGUACAGCAUCCUAAUCACCACUUGUUUGCUUUAGAUGGACUUGAACAUGUGAAUCUAAUGUGAAUCGCUCUUUUCUCUUCAUGUAGCUACUUCAAUGUUUAUGUUUGUAUUUUUUUGCUGGUUUUAAUAAAGGAUAUUAAAAGGUC